AAAAACAAUUAUACAAAGAUAUUUAAUAUUGAUCUAACGUCACAUUCAAUCUUAAAUCUGAGAUGGAAUCUUGUUCUGCUUUAAUCUUUCCAAUCAAUUCCAUCUCCUUCCUCUCCAUCAAUUUAUAGGGUUCGUCAGAGAAAGGGAGAUUCAGAGAUCCAUUUCAUCAAUUCAACUGGCGAGCUUGGGCUAUUGCACCAAGACCAAGCCCACUCUGAUUCGAUCUACAGAAACACCGAGAGCUCUCUCUCUCUCUGUCUCUCUAUCUGAUUGAUGGGUGAAGAGAUAAUAAUAAACGAUGAGUCCAGCUCUGAGACGACUAAAUCAAGUCCGAAGCUGACAUUAUUGCCUCUAGUGUUUCUGAUUUUCUAUGAAGUUUCUGGUGGACCUUUUGGUGUGGAGGAUUCUGUGAAAUCUGGUGGUGGUCCUCUCUUAUCCCUUUUAGGAUUCUUGAUUUUCCCUCUCAUUUGGAGUAUACCCGAAGCUCUGAUUACGGCAGAGCUUGCCACAAGCUUCCCUGAGAAUGGUGGUUACGUUGUUUGGAUCUCUUCAGCGUUUGGUCCGUUCUGGGGAUUCCAGGAAGGGUUUUGGAAAUGGUUCAGUGGUGUUAUGGAUAAUGCUCUGUACCCUGUUUUGUUUCUUGAUUACCUGAAACAUUCGUUCCCGGUUUUGAAUCAUGUAGCUGCUCGUGUUCCUGCUCUAUUAGGCAUUACAUUCUCACUGACUUAUUUGAACUAUAGAGGAUUGCAUAUUGUUGGGUUAUCAGCUGUUGUGCUAGCGAUUUUUUCGCUCUGUCCUUUCGUUGUAAUGGCUUUACUUGCGGUUCCUCGAAUCAGGCCUAAGCGUUGGCUGUUUGUGGAUACUCGGAAGAUUAAUUGGAGAGGGUACUUCAAUACCAUGUUUUGGAAUCUGAACUAUUGGGACAAAGCUAGUACUCUUGCAGGAGAAGUGGAGAAUCCCGGGAAGACGUUUCCAAAGGCUUUGUUUGGAGCCGUUUUGUUGGUCAUGGGGUCCUAUUUGAUUCCCCUCAUGGCAGGGACUGGUGCUUUAAGCUCAUCUUCUACUGACGAGUGGAGUGAUGGGUAUUUUGCUGAGGUUGGAAUGAUUAUUGGAGGUGUUUGGCUCAAGGGAUGGAUCCAAGCAGCUGCUGCAAUGUCUAAUCUUGGAUUGUUUGAAGCCGAGAUGAGUAGUGAUGCAUUUCAGCUUCUCGGUAUGAGUGAGAUCGGUAUGCUCCCUGCAUUUUUUGCUCAAAGAUCAAAGUAUGGGACACCAACGAUCAGUAUUCUGUGCUCAGCUACAGGAGUCAUAUUCCUCUCGUGGAUGAGCUUCCAAGAGAUCAUUGAGUUUCUGAAUUUCUUGUACGCAUUAGGAAUGCUUCUAGAAUUCGCAGCCUUUGUCAAACUAAGGAUUAAGAAACCGGAUCUCCAUCGACCUUAUAGAGUCCCCUUAAACACAUUUGGAGUUUCAUUGCUGUGCCUGCCUCCUUCUUUGCUUGUCAUUCUUGUAAUGGUUUUGGCCACUCCGAAGACAUUUCUUAUCAGUGGCCUGAUUAUCAUUCUCGGGUUCUGUCUGUACCCGUUCUUAACACUUGUGAAGGAGAAACGAUGGGCUAGAUUUAUCCCAGAGGAAACAAGACCAGUUUCAGGAGUUCCAUCAGAGUCACAGUUGGAUGAAGAACAUGGAGAUGAGUCUUCUGCUAGUCUUCUCCCAUGAUCAUCACAUGUAAAAGACAGACCAACAAAAGUAUGUGAUUCUUGCACAAAAUCUUUAAAGGCGCAUGGUAAGUCUUGUAUAGUUUGUAAGGAUGCAAUUUAUUUAUGUAUUGUUCAACUGCUGGAUAAAGUACAGAAAACAAUACAAGUAAGUGUAGAAACAUGUAUUUGCUUAUGGUUUACAGGAUGUAUAUAUACCAUAAGUAUAAUUCACUUAAACUAUAUUUCUGCCCACAUUUUCUAAUUUUCAAUAUUUGGAUUGAAACCAA